AUGUCAUUUUCUCUAUUUGUAUUUCUUCGGUACAGAUCAAGUUUAACAUCUGAAAAUGCUACUAAAGAACAAACUUCAGACAAUGUAAAACAGUCUAUUGAAAAUUUAAAAAAUCUUUCAUCCAAUGAAUUAUAUUCUACCAUGAGAGGUCCACAUUUGGAUACAUUAUUUCGUUGUUGGCCAACUGAACAUAUUUCAGACUUAAUUGACAUCACGAAAAAACUUUCGACAGUUGGUCUAAAUUCUGUCAGUUUACAAUUGGCUGGUGUUUUAAUUAAUCGAGGAUUGAAUGAUUUGAUUCCUACUGUAUUGGAG